UGCAUACAGCUGCGCCAAAACCAGCCUGCCUGUGCACCACCACGGCUCCAGACAAUUGUGAUGAUGAGGAUUUCGGUGGUCGUGUGCUGCUGCGUCUUUGCGCUACAAUGCCUCUCCAGCACGCUUUGCCUUCCAGUGCGGGGAUCCAGCAGGUACAAAGUGACACCGGACCCUGAAAAGUUCCCCGACCUGAAGAAGAGAGGAAAGGUUCCUCAGGAAUUAGUAAAGGAAACGAGUUUGCAGACCAACACCUCUAACACAUGGAACCAACCUCGCUGUGGCGUACCGGACUACCCUGCCCAGAAGCAGGUGCUUUAUCGGGGGCGAUUCCGCCAGAGACGCUUUGUCCUGUAUGGAGGACGUUUGGAAAAGACAGACCUCACUUACAGGAUUGACGGGUUUCCCUGGCAGAUGCGGGAGGAAAAGGUUCGACGUGUCUUUCGGGAAGCGCUGAAAAUCUGGAGUGACGUCACCCCGCUCACCUUCACCGAGAUCCGCAGUGGCGAGGCUGACAUCCGCAUCGACUUUAAAAGUUACCAGCAUAAAGACAACCUUCCCUUCGACGGCCCGGGUGGGAUUCUCGCUCAUGCUUUCUUCCCCAAAACACGCCGACAGGGAGACAUUCACUUUGACUACGAUGAGUCAUGGACGCUUGGAAACCACAUGGGCACAGACCUUCUCCAGGUUGCUGCCCAUGAGUUUGGGCACGUCCUAGGUCUACAGCAUUCCCGUGAGCCAGGAGCCAUCAUGUCCGCAUACUACUCCUUCUCCUACCCGCUGAGGCUGAGCGAGGAUGACAAGAAAGGCAUACAGUACCUGUACGGAGCUAAACUACAAGUCCCGCCCUCUCCACCGACCCCACCUCCACCUCCAUCAAACCCAGAGACCAACGAGAUCAUCACUAAUCCUGAUGCCUGCCAGACGGACUUUGAUGCUGUGUCUAUGAUUCGAGGGGAGCUGUUCUUCUUUAAAUCGGGCUACGUUUGGCGGAUCAGGGACGGGCAUCUGGAGAGCGGUUACCCAGCACUGGCGUCCCGUCACUGGAGGGGGAUUCCCGACAACAUCGAUGCCGCCUUUGAAGACAAGUCAGGGAAUAUUUGGUUCUUUCAAGGCGAGAAAUACUGGGUGUUUGAUGCUGAGAGGCAGAUCAGAGGGCCAGAGUCAAUCAGGAGUUUGGGUCUGUCGGAGUCCGGGAUCCAGGCGUCACUCCGUUGGGGUCAUGAUUCCAACUACAACACCUACUUCUUCAAGUCAGGCAGCUACUGGAGGUUCAGCCCCCAUGAGAACCGAGUUGAAUCCGCCUACCCACGCAGCAUGAAGGACUGGAGUGGCAUCCCCGAGGUUGUGGACGCCGCUUUUAGGGACAUCUACGGCUAUGCUCACUUUAUCCGAGGACGACAGUACUGGAAAUUCGAUCCUGUUGACAUGAACUCUUUGGAGGGCUACCCUCGCUACAUCGGCAUGGAUUUUUUUGGCUGUAGAAAUGUGUGAGUCUUUUAACUGCAGAGAACCAGAUUAAGAGAUUGUUUUGACAAUGAAGAGGAGUUUUUGGAACAGAGACGUUUGUAUGUUCAUCCUGCAGAUUCAAGGGGAUGAGAUGACCUCCUUUAAAUCUGUUUAUGCUUUACUCCAUUUAUUGCUACUCAGAUCAAUUACACAUUCUUCUCAGGAAAACUAAGGUAUGUUUCCUCAGACUUGGCACCUCCUGUGCAGCUAUACUCAUAUUUAUUUUGCACAUUUUGUCACUAUAUGGCUGAGAUCUGGGCCCUGUAUUAAUGAUGUGUGAUGCUGAUGUGAACUGCACAGUUCUCACUUCCUGUCUUUGAGCCUGAAAUUGAGAUUUUCGACUGAUUUUGGUUCACAGACGGAACCAAUAUAGAUUAUCUUGCUCCAUGUAGUGGAUGUUUUUCAUUCCAACUGUUUUGUUUUUUUCAUCAUGGAUGGAACUGCUGAUCCUCAUGUGUUUGAAGAGUGACAUCAAACUUAAAGCUGCAGAAGGCAGAUUUGUGAAUUAGCUGCUGUAGAUGGAAGCGAGGGUUAACUUUAGUUUUAAUACUGUAACUUUAAACCUGAAGUCAUUCAACAUGAUGUUUGUAAACAAAACGUUUAGCUAUACUUUGCUCUUUGCCAACCUGACUCACACUGACCACAAAUCAAUACAAACAAAAGUCUUUUUAGUUGCUCUUUUGUAACAGAGUCUUGGAAAUCUGUCAGAAAACCUGCUUAAAUAUUUUGUUGUCACACAGUUUGACUAACCACAAUGGACUUGUGCUCUCAACUUUAAGUAUUUGGGGUUUGCGAUGAAUGAAUCUAGCCACAAGCAAAGGUAGCAAUUGCAACCUCCACAAGUCUCUACAACAGGCUCCAACUACCUAAUUAGGAAGCACACAAUAUUCAUUUUGCUGUGUUACUUUCAGACACUUUUGAGUCUGCCAAUCAAAAGUAACGGGGGCCGGAUUUUAACUGUUGUACAGGGAAAAAACAGCUAUCUAGUCUGCCUAAACAUCUAAACAUGUUCUUUUCCAUCAUCUGUAUGUUACAAAGGAGCUAUAGAGACAAGGAAGCAGAAUGCAGAAGUUAACCAGUAGAAGCUUUUGUCACAGUGGUUCACAUUAAUAAAGAAAUAGAUGUGGUUUGGGUCUGCAGGUCCUGGUGAAAGGUGGGGAGGGGGGCAUUACUCCUGCCUAGAAGGAGGACCUUUAUCUACUUUCUUCUAAACAUAAAGUUGCACUGGAUAAUGUUUUCACUCUAAGUAAAGGAAUUAGUGAUUGGUGAUGACACUCUGUCAUAAUUAGUGAUUUCCGAAUUUAAGAGAAGGUUUUGUAUUUAUUUUUCAUAUUUGGACAAACUGAGCAAAUGUAGUAGAUUUCAAGAAGUAGAGAUCGGAUGCUUCUCUCUGCUGUUGUGAUUUAGGCCGAUAACAUGUCUGACUUUUUACAUUACAUUUUUACUCAAGUAACUAGAUGUUAUUUUACCUAAUUUUUUCCUUGAAAGAAUUCCUGCAUUUCACACAAUAUUGAGCCUUAGUAAAAAAAAAAAAUACAGAAAAGGUGAUAAUAUCACUGUAUGUCGUGUUUUGAUGUCGCUCUUCUAACACGAUGGUGUGAGGCUCUUAGUUGUUGGCAAUCACUCAACAGUCUGCAGGCCUCUGUGGCAGCAAAAAACUCCAGGGCACCAUCUAGAGUUCAACACUGUCACCCUUCAGGAGAAGUGUGAUAUUUCCUCAGAGAAUGUGCUCAUGUUUCGUGAUGAAGUCAUUGCUUACUAUAACACAACACAGUGCUCUAUUCAGGUUGGUCAGUGAGACACAUUCAGGGACAGCAGCUGCUGCAUGGAUCAGCGGUUCUCCAACUGGUCAGUUUUUCACUCCCCAAAAACAAACUACUGGCUUUAACUAUAUUUGCUUCUCAGGCUGUUUUGCUAAAUUGCUAGACACUGCUUGUGUUUCACAAGAAUUUAACACAACAGACUUCUGGAUGGAUGGCAGUGGUGGAAAGUAACAUUUACCAGAACUCAAGUACGAUUUGAGGUACUUGUACUUCAGUAUUUACAUUUUCUACUACUUUAUACUUAUACUCGAGUACAUUCCAGAGACAAAUAUUUGUAUUUACUUCAUUACAUUUAUCAUCUAUAGUUAUAGUUAGUUUUAAGACUAAAAUUCUUCAUUUAAAACUUUAAUGUCUCCUUGCUGUGAUCAGCUUCUCCAUUGCCUUUAUGCAUUGCAUUGUGGGAGAACAAUGUCUAACAACAGCACAUUUACAAUUUGUAGUAUUUAGUAUGUAUUCUAUCUGUUUUUAGUGUAAACAAACUACAGACUCAAAACCUGCUUAGAAGUAGUAUGUAGUCUGGAUUCGGAACAUAGUGUGAACCAGUGGUUUCCAACAUUUUUAGCUUGUGACCUCUGAUUAAAAAAAGCCUCUUGUUGUAAUUCAGAUGUCUAAGAGUUAAAUGUCUUGCACAAAGUCCUUAUAUGUUUGAGGCCCGAAGAGGUCAAAUUAUAUAGUAUCUUACAACAAAAUAUCAGAAAAAACACGUAAAACUAAUAUAAGUGCGUGUUCUCUUCUAUUCUCAUGAAACCUCUGAUUUAUGUUGUGACCUUUUGGAAGGCCUGAACCCUAGGUUGGGAACCACUGCAAAAAAUAAUACUAGCUCCACCUGGAGCAGCUACAACAGCAAAAUGCUUAUGUAGGAUUUUGAAUUCAGGACUUUUACUUCUAAUGAAGCAUUUUUACAGUAUUGUAUUGGUAAUUUUACUUAAAUGAUCUGAAUACGUCUACCACCACUACUGGAUAGUGAAAGAAUCUCCCUGACCCGAAAAAACUCACAUGACACCUCUUUGUGGAUCAGGACACCAGGUUGAGAACCGCUGUGUCCCUGGUUGCAGCACUUGAAAUGUGAAGGCUCAGUUGAACUGUCGUGUUCUUCAGAUGUUCGUUUUUCAGUGCAGGACACUGGCGAGUCAUUACAGUUUUCAUCAUUCAGACUUUGUUGUUUCUCAUUUCAAGUGUUAAUCGGUGAACUCUGACUGCUUUGAAAAAAUAUUUAUACACAAACAACGUAGUAAAAGUUUGUUGUACAUACGUCUUUGAUUAUAAUUUUUUUUUUACUCAU